AUGGUUGUGUUCCUUCUCAAACUCUUCUUCUUUGCAUUGAGCUUCAUAUCGAACUUGGUUUCGUGGUUGAUCUUCUCUGGUACAGCCCAUAUUCUGGUGCUGUUGAUCCAUGGAUUCAGAGGACCAGGCCAAGCCAUCCAUGGCACAUUACAACAAGUCACAGAGGUCAUUAAGUCAUGUUCUGAGUAUUUUGUGGGCCUUCUAAUGGAAGCAAUAAGUGCUCUAAUUUCUACUAUCUUUGAUUAUCUAAAAGAAAUUCUCACAGGGUCUGCUGUAGUUACAACUUCUGCGAUUGGAGAUCUCAUGGAGAAAACAAAGACUUCACUUGAUGGGUUGCUCACAGAUGUUCCAGAGGUUUCUGAAGGGUUGUCUGAGAUGGUUUUUACCAUAGUGGCUGAUUUGUGGAACAAUUGCAAGGAUGCUUUUGGAUAUGUUGCAGAGAAUGCUUGA